UACGUUAUAUAUGAAUGACUCGAGUUAUGAUAUAAUUUUUUGUUAUUUGAAUUAUAAAAUCAAAUUAAAAUUAUGUCCACAAAAGGCAAACAACGAUUGGAUUUGAAUGAAAUGAAUUCAAUGCAAUUGUCAUCAAUUAGACAACAAUUAGAGGCCGAGAUUGAACUCUUGGAACAGUCCAUCCAAAGCCUACAAAAUGCAAAAAUCAAGUUCAAUGAGUCGGCACAAGCCGUCGAUCGGCAGAAGGAUGUGGCCGACGGCUCGCAAAUAUUGGUGCCACUGACCGGCUCUAUGUAUGUGCCCGCCGUCAUCAACGACAACAACAAUUUCAUUGUGGACAUCGGCACCGGUUAUUACGUGGAAAAGACAACCAAAGCGGCAAACGAUUACUUCAAACGAAAGGUUCAGUUUCUUAGCGAACAAAUCGACAAAUACGUGAAAAUGACUCACGAAAAGGUGACCGCACGGGAAGCUAUUGGCGAACUUCUACAAUAUCGACAACAGUCAGCACAGGUAGCCGCACAACAAUCGGCCACAACGUCACAAAUUAACAAAAGUUAAAUAUUACUAAAAUAAUUUUUUUUGUAAUAAUUUAGAUUUAAAUCAUUAUUUUAUUAUUAUUAUUAUUUACAGAAAU